AAUUAGAUAGUUUUAUAAAAAUAAUUUUGACAUCAUAUGGUUUUAGUGCUUUGCGUAGUUUUGUUUCGAGUGCUGCCCAAGUAAUAGAAUGAGCUAUGUUGGAGCAAUUGAUCAAGGAACAUCAAGUUCAAGAUUUCUUGUGUUUUCAGCAGAGACAGGUGAUUUGAUAGCUUCACACCAAGUAGAAACUCACAGUGUUUAUCAACAAGAAGGAUGGUGCCAACAAGAUCCAAAAGAAAUUCUAGACUCAGUUUUACUAUGCAUUGAAAGUGUUGUUUCCAAUAUGAAGCAAAAAGGUUUAGAUAUUUUACAAAUAAAAGCCAUUGGUAUCACCAAUCAGCGUGAAACUACAAUUGUUUGGGACAGCAAGACUGGAGAACCUCUAUACCCAGCAAUAAUUUGGUUAGAUGCUAGGACUAAAGAAACUGUUGAGAAACUAAUUGAAAAAACUGCAGAUAAGUCAAUGAGUUCAUUUCAAAAAGUAUGUGGGCUUCCUUUUUCCACUUAUUUUAGUGGAGUUAAGUUGCGUUGGUUGCUUGAUAAUUGCAAAGAUGUUUGUUUUGCAGUUAAAGAAAGGCGAUGUCUUUUUGGCACCGUAGAUUCCUGGUUACUUUGGAAUUUAAGUGGUGGAGUUGAUGGUGGAGUACAUGCCACUGAUGUAACUAAUGCAAGCCGUACUAUGUUGAUGAAUAUUAAUACAUGUAAAUGGGAUGAUGAUUUGUGCAGCUUUUUUCAAAUUCCAAAAGAAAUUCUUCCUCAUAUUAAAAGCUCUUCAGAAAUAUUUGGUUAUAUGAAAUGUGGUUCACUAAAAGGAGUGGUCAUUUCAGGAAUAUUAGGCGAUCAGCAAGCUGCACUGGUUGGACAGAAAUGCUUUUCUGGUGGAGAGGCUAAAAACACCUAUGGAACUGGUAACUUUCUUCUUUAUAAUACAAGCAAGGUACCUGUAUUUUCAGAACAUGGUUUGUUGUCAACAGUUGCAUAUCAAUUCGGACCUGAUGAGCCACCUACUUUUGCUUUGGAAGGCUCCAUAGCAAUUACUGGUGCAGCUAUAACAUGGUUGCGUGAUCAAUUAGGAAUCAUUAAAAGUGCUAGUGAAACAGAGGCUUUAGCGUCAUCAGUGAAAGAUAAUGGAAAUGUGUAUUUUGUUCCUGCAUUUUCUGGCUUAUUUGCUCCUUAUUGGGACAUGUCAGCAAGAGGGGCAAUAAUUGGCAUCACGCAGUUUACAACCAAAGGCCACAUAGUGAGAGCAGCAUUAGAAGCAGUUUGUUAUCAAACCAAAGAGAUUUUGGAAGCUAUGAAUAAAGAUUCUGGUAUUCCAUUAAAACAACUAAUUGUUGAUGGUGGGAUGACAGCUAAUAACUUUUUAAUGCAAAUGCAAGCUGAUAUACUUGGUAUAGAAGUAGCAAGAGCAAUCAUGCCUGAAACAACUGCACUCGGUGCAGCAAUAGCUGCUGGGAAAGCAAAAGGUGUAGAUUGUUGGAAGGCAUCUCUCACCAAAAAUAACUUUUCAUAUUUUAAACCAAAACUUGACGAGGAAGCUCGCAAAAAUUUAUAUGCUAAAUGGAAGGAUGCAGUUAAAAGAACGUUUAGUUGGGAAGUUUAGAUUUUUCUUUUGCAUAAAAGUUGCUUUAGUAUUAAUGAAAUAAAUAAUAUAUUAAUAAUAAAAUAUAAUAAUAAAUAUAUUAAUAUUGAA